CAGCCACGGUCACGUUGAGCAUCCAAUAAUUCCUAGGCAAGCGGGCGGUUUAAUAGCAAAAAAGCCCAGUAAAUGUUUAAGUUUGUUCGUUUCUAAUUAAAUUCCUAACAACACAUCAUGGGAUUCGUGCUGUCCAAGUUCCGGAAGGAAAAGUCUACGGAGGCGGUAUUGGAGGGGCUGCAGACGCAGAUCCAGGCGUUGGAGAAGUACAUGAUCAACACCGAAGAGCGGAAGCGGCGGUUCGUGACGAACUUUGUGGGGUUCACCAUCGGCGCUUAUAUUUUGGGCUUCGGACUAUGGUACUUCUUCUAUUUUCCGCCUACGGUCCAGGAGUGCUUUAUGUACUUGGUUCCGCUGCUCCUCUUUCCGAUUGUCAUUAUUUUUCUGCGGCGGCUGUUUACGUGGUACUUCCAGCGCAAGCUCAACAAAAAUGGCGAUAAGCUUUCCCGUCUCAAGGAGGACAAGCGCAAGAUAUUGGAGCAGGUCAUGGACAAAGAGACCUACAAGGUGGCAGUGAAUCUCCUGGAGCGUUUUGGCGAUAAAAAGCAGCUCCGUAUAAGCGGUCUGCACAGCGCCUCGACGCCCAACCGGUCGCUGGUCGAGCGGUCUCCUCAGCCCGCCGCCGCCGCUGCCGCCCGAGUUUCAACAACCGGCGGACAGCAGCAGCAGCAGCAGCGAUCGCUUGCACCGUACAGCAGCGUCUACCGCAACAAUAACAACAAUAAUACAUCGCUUAAUAGCAGCGUCAUCAGCUCACAGUCACUGGCACCGGUGACGUCAGCAUCGCCGCAGUUGCACGCCGUUCAAGAAUUACGGCGCAGAUCGCCGUUUCCCAUCGUGGACGAUCGAUCGCGAAGCGCCCUGGAUCGCAUUGUGGACUUCAUCGUGGGCGAUAGUGCAAAGGAUCGAUUCGGCAUGAUCUGCAAGGCGUGCCAUGCUCAUAACGGAAUGCUACCCAAGGAAGAGUACGAGUACACUACCUUCAGGUGUGGCUUCUGCAAUGUACUUAACCCGGCAAGAAAGAAGCGACCCGUGGCACCUCGCCUCUCCCUGGAGGCACCAUCGGAAUCGACGACAAAGCGCAACGACAGCUCAGACAGUGAAUCAUCCGAUGAUGACUCUGAUAAGGAGCUAUCAGCACGAAGAGCCCUACUGCAGGAUGUGCCAUCGAGUGAAGCUGACAUGGAUGUCGCCACCGUAACGGAAGACUUGGCAAUGGAGACUGAGACAUCGGAGACUGUAUCCGCUGCCGCCAAUGUCAGCAAAGCUGAGGUGGCGGCUAGCUCCUGAAGGCACCACACCACACCGAUGUAUACCUUCUAGGCGGCAGUCAAGCAAAAUUCUUGGAUUAUUUGCUUAUUAGUUUACUUAUUUAACUUUUUAUUGGUAAGCAAAUUUUAAUGAGAAUCUGUUAUCAUGAAUUUAUUGUCGAAGAACUGAAUUGAAUGGAAUACAAUAAUGCUUCGAGUA